CCUUGACCUGAUCACCUGACUGUACUCAGCUCAUAGCACCUCCCUCCAUUCUGCCAUCUCUCUCCCUCUCUCUCGCUCUCUUGUUCCACGGGUGUCCGUGUACAUGCUCGCUUCAGUUAGAGCAGUGAAAGCAUUCCACUCCUUUCCUCUUCUGCACCUGCCUACCGAUCCGAGAAGCGGACAGCGUCAUUUCUUUACUGUUUACGUGGACCGGCUGUGAAGAAAAGUGCAUUCCUUCUUUCGGCAUGAUCUUCAUCUCCGUUAUCAUCAAUUGCUCCAGAAAGCAAAAAACGCCACGAGACCCGCUGACAUCCUCACCGAGAUGUGCUGUGGAUUGGCUGUAAUUUCUUCUCCUGCUGUUCAAAUUCCAUGGCCGAUAAAACCUGCACUUUCCAUCGGUCUUGUUACCACUGAGCCCAGAGAGCCAGAUCUGGUUUACAGCUAAAUCACAAGUUCCUGUUCUCAGCUCUCUCCAUCAUUAUUUCCCACUCUCACCAUGGCAUGCUUCCUGGUGUCUGCCUUUCUUUUCAUCCUCCAAACGUUUGCUGCGCCGCAUCAGACAGGCGUAAGUUUUAACACCGAUGAAGAUGUGGCCUUGUCUCCUCCACCAGGGACCAGCAAAAGACCCCCACAUAGCAUUAUAAUUGGGGUGCGCAAAGGCGGUACAAGAGCUCUGCUUGAAAUGCUCGACAUACACCCUGAGGUUGCUGCUGCUGCAACGGAGGUGCAUUUCUUUGACUGGGAUGAGAACUAUUCCAAAGGUUUAGAAUGGUACCGUGAGCUGAUGCCCUACUCAUACCCUCACCAGAUAACAGUAGAGAAGACACCAGGAUACUUCACAUCAACUCUUGCGCCCGAACGCAUCCGCGCAAUGAACUCCUCCAUGAAGCUGCUCCUGAUCUUGCGCGACCCGGCCGAACGGGUCGUCUCUGACUACACGCAAGUGUACUUCAAUCGUCUGGAGAACCACAAGCCGGUUCAAGCCAUCGAGAACCUUCUAGUACGAAACGGUGCCCUGAAUACCCGCUACAAGGCCAUUCAAAGGAGCCUGUACGACAUCCACAUGCGCAACUGGUUGCGUUAUUUCCCUCUAGAACAGAUUCACAUUGUGGACGGGGAUUUGCUUAUUCACAACCCCUUGCCAGAACUUAAAAAAGUGGAGCAAUUCCUCAACUUGCCACCCAGGAUAGUCGCCUCCAAUUUUUACUUUAACCAGACGAAAGGUUUUUACUGCAUUCGGAGUGACGGUCGAGAGCGGUGUCUGCACGAGUCGAAGGGACGACCGCACCCUGCCGUCAACAGAACUGUGCUCCAACAACUCCGUUCUUACCUGCAGGAGCACAACAGAACCUUCUUUAGGCUGGUGAAGCGCACCUUCAACUGGCAAUAAUGAACCAGAACAUAACUCAAAGGAAGCUGUCUGUGAGAAGGUGGAAAUGAGACUUCAAGCACUUUAGAGAACUGACAUUCAAAGCCCCUCAGUUCAGUUUCUAACCUUGCCUUCUCUCGUUUCUGCAGACUUGUUAUUAACUGCGUUUACACAACAAGGCAAAACGGAUGAUUCGUCAAGUUUUCACAUUUUCUCUCUGCCGCAAGCACAAAACUGAUCAAAUUGACUUGAUUUUUUCUUUUUCUGUCUGUUUCAUAUCCUUGUUCUUGAUAAUAAAUUGUUCUUUUAAGUCUUUCUGGCAUGCCUGUGUUUCUCGCUCGCUACAUUUCUUCAUAACUGAGCCCUUCUAUUCUAACAGAGGUGUUUCUGCUGUGGAAAGUAGACCUUAAUGCAAUGAAAUGGGUACCCUGGAGCACAGCUUUAGUAGUACAGAAAUCACUAAUGGUUUUGGACACCUAAGGUAGUAGCCUGUGCCCACAGCUGAAUCAGUUAAUCUGAGCCAGAUCCCGAGAGCUUUCCUUGCAUUUCACUGCUGUUUUGCUGAACAUAACAGUCAGGUGUUAGGAUCAAGUAAAAUGCCUGGAAAACAUUUUUCCAACCUUUAAGACGUCACUUUCCAGCACAAUAUUUAAAAGGCUGAUUUCCCAUCAUUUCAUGCUAGCCACGGCAUGGGGUCAUGUUUCUUUCAUUGAUUUGGUUCCAAACAUCAUCUGAAGUUGACGCUCUUCUGGGAACUGAGAAAAAUGUGGAGUCUUUAAGGGGACCCACGAAUAGAAAGACACAUAGUUCUUAAAAGAUAAACAUUAUUUUGAGUUAAAACAAUUUCAUAUUGAGCCCCCUCUUGAUGUUUUCGUUUUUAUACAAUUGUAAAAUGAGUUUAACUUGUAAGUCGCCAUUGUUGUUGAUGUCGCAGGCAUAGGCGGAGCUUGACUUUUGGGGGAGAGGGGGGCAGAACAUGUUGAUGACCCCGAAACGCAGUGUCAGCAAUAAAAUUAACUUACAAGAAUAUUUAUAAGAAUAAGUUGACAAUGAACGUUUUUUGUUUCCCACCAUUCUUGAGGGGAGUUCUAAAUCAGGCUGUUUAGGCAAUACCUUUCGCCAAGACCGUCACCCAUUGAAAAUGGUACGCCCGCCAGUGUUGUGACAAUGUAGUUACCGUAUGGAGGUAGAUUUGUGUCU